AAGAAAAGGCGGUUGUCUGCUGUUUCAAAUAUGCUGUGGCCCCAAACAUUUUUUUUGUGCAUUCAAAAUAACAAAUUCUGAUCAAUUGCAACAUGUCUAUUAAGUCUCAUCUGCACAAUAAUGUAACGUAGCAUUUUGCCGCAUUAGCAUAUAAACAGGAAUCAAUUACUUCUGACACGUAUAGGAACAAAUAGGUCUACAUUUCCCACUUUGUUUUUUACUCACAUGAUAUGUACGACGAAGUGCAUAACAGUAAAAUAGGCUGCUUAUGUGCUUCUCAUCAUUACACAGCAUGCACAGGGACGUCGGCCAUUAAAAUUGCCCUACAGGAGUCCCUCUUUAAUUGCUGGGAUAUUCGGCAUCCGCUCUUUUCAGGAGGAAUCUUAGCAAAUGCAAUAUAUGGUGGUUAUAGCUGUUAUUGUCCAAGUAAUAUUAAUACAUAGUUAUUUGGUCGUGUUCUUGCCAUGUAGGUAACAUAUUACGUGACGUUUCGAAUUUAGCAUAGUAGAAUCAGGGGGUGGGUUUGCCUGCCAGGCUCUACCUUGGACAGCUCUCACUGCUGUUACCAGGCAGACAUAGUUCCAACAUGGCAGCAACGGGGAACGCAGAAGAGAUGCAGUUGCAAGAGAUGGAGGAAGAGGCAGGGAUGGAGAGAGAAAUGGAUUCAGAUGAAGAGGAGGGUAUGGGAAUCGAAAACUCCGACGAUGAAGAAGACGAUUCGUCAGAAGAUGAUAAAGAGAAUGAAGCCGAAAUUCAGCGUUUGGAGGAGCAGCUGUCCAUCAAUGCUUUUGACUACAACUGUCAUGUGGACCUCAUAAAACUCCUGAGGCAGGAGGGGGAGCUGCCUCCACUGCGUAAGGCAAGGCAGAAGAUGAGUGAGCUCUUCCCACUGACUGAAGAGAUAUGGCUGGACUGGCUCAAGGAUGAGAUCCGCCUAACCGAGGAGGAGCAGAACCGGGAGAAAGUCUACGAGCUCUUUGAGAUGGCUGUGAAAGAUUAUAUCUGCCCUGAAAUCUGGCUGGAGUAUGCCCAGUACUCUAUCGGGGGCAUGGGAUUGCCUGGUGGGAUGGAGAAGGUGAGGUCCAUCUUCGAGAGAGCCCUGACAGCCGUGGGGCUGCACAUGACCAAGGGGGCGACUCUGUGGGAGGCCUACAGGGAGUUUGAGAACGUCAUACUGGCAACUGUUCAGCCUCCCCCUGGCAUCGUCCCCACCUGCGAGCAGCAGGAGCUUCUGAACGCUCAGCUCGAACGCAUCCACACUCUUUUCCGCCGCCAGCUGGCCAUCCCCUUAAUGGACAUGGAAGGAACAUAUGCAGAGUAUGAGGAGUGGUCUGACCAGGGGGUUUCUGAUACAGUCUCCCAGAAAUACAAGAGGGCCCUGCAACAGAUGGAGAAGAGCAAGCCUUAUGAGGAGACUUUGAUGGCAGCCGAGCCACCCAAGCUAGCAGAAUAUCAGACCUAUAUUGACUAUGAGCAAAAGGAGGGUGAUCCGGCACGGAUCCAGAUCAUCUUUGAGCGGGCACUGGCAGAGAACUGCCUGGUACCAGACAUGUGGGCCAAGUACACCAAGUACCUGGAUCGUCAACUAAAAAUCAAAGACCUGGUCCUGUCCUCUCACGACCGUGCGGUCAGGAACUGCCCCUGGACCAUGGGCCUGUGGAAGAACUACCUGCUUGCCCUGGAGAGGCAUGGGGCUGACCACCACACUAUCUCAGACGUUUUUGAAAAGGCCCUGAAUGCCGGAUUCAUACAGGCUACAGAUUAUGUUAAUAUCUGGGAAGCGUACCUCGAUUACCUGAGGCGGCGUGUCGAUUUCAGCAAAGGUGAAAGCACCUUAACAUUGGAGUCGAGCAGAGAGCUGGAGGAGCUGCGGGCAGCCUUCACCCGUUCUCUAGACUAUAUGAAACAGGACGUGGAAGAGAGAUUUAGUGAAAGUGGAGACCCUUCCUGUACCAUCAUGCAGGUCUGGGCAAAGAUAGAGGCCCUGCAUUGUAAGAACAUUCAGAAAGCUAGAGAACUGUGGGACAGCAUCAUGACAAAAGGGAAUGCCAAAUUCGCCAACAUGUGGCUGGAGUACUAUAACCUGGAGAGGUCGUACGGAGAUGCUCUUCACUGCAGGAAAGCCCUCCACAGGGCCGUCCAGUGUACCUCCGACUACCCUGAGCAUGUGUGUGAGGUCCUGCUCACCUUUGAGAGGGUUGAGGGGUCUCUGGAGGACUGGGAUGCAGCGGUGCAGAAGACUGAGACGAGGCUGAACAGAGUAAACGAGCAGAGGGCCAAGUCCCUCUCUCAGGUGGCAGAGAAAGAGGCUCAUCUGGUCCGACAGGAGGAGCAGAAGACUGAACAGCGGCGGAGGGCCAAGGCAGACAAGAACCAAAAGAAGGGACAGAAAGGCAGCAGACCUGGAGAGAAGAGGAAGGCAGAGGAUGAGGAUAACGAGAAUGAGUGGGGGGAGGAAUCGGAGCAACCUCCAAAGAGGCACCGAGGGGAGGGCAACCAGGGCAGCUUCAGGGGAGGAGGUGCUGAGGAGUAUAUGGAGACAGAGAGUGGACUGUUUGGGAGGAGAGCCCCCCCUUGCCGCAGACAGGAAGCCCCUGGUGCUAAGAGGGGCCAACAGAUGGCACCAACCACCGUCCGGAAGACCCAGGAAGACAACCCUGAACAACGCAAGGAUGACUGUAGUGUGUUUAUCAGCAACCUGGCCUUCAGCAUGGAGGAUCCAGAGAAGAGACUGAAGGAGUUGUUUGAGCCCUGUGGUCCUGUCCAGUCGGUGCGCCCCGUCUAUGCUGCCAAGGGUUUCAGAGGGUACUGCUACGUACAGUUUGAGGGCAAGACGUCGGUGCCCGAGGCCCUGAAGAUGGACCGGCGUGAGGUCGAUGGCAGGCCAAUGUUCGUAUCGCCUUGUGUGGAUAAAAACAAGAACCCUGAUUUUAAGGUGUUUAAGUACAACACAAACCUAGAGAAACACAAGAUCUUUAUCUCGGGCCUGCCCUUUUCCUGCACCAAGGAGCAGCUGGAGGAGCUGUGCAAGGAUCAAGGCACCAUCAAAGACAUCCGCCUGGUCACCAACCGCUCAGGCAAACCCAAGGGUCUGGCGUACGUGGAGUUUGAACAUGAGGCUCAGGCCUCCCAGGCCGUGCUGAAGUUGGAUGGCACGGUACUACAGGAACACACACUCUCUGUUGCCAUUAGCAACCCACCUCGCAGAAAUGCAGCCGACAAGCCUGACUUCAGCAGGCCCAUGGGAGCCAUGAUGCCCCGGGCUAUGGUCUAUGGAUCGAGGGGAAAAGGGCGAACCCAACUCUCACUAAUCCCUCGUUCCCUACAUCGGCAGACUGGAUCAGAAAGUAAAGCAGAAAAUGGGACUGCACCUAAACCCACAGGGGGUGCAUCCGGAGACGCUGGGUUUGAAGCACAGGCCAAGCCCAUGUCCAAUUCAGACUUUGCCAAAAUGCUUCUCAGAAAGUGAAAAUUAUGGAAAAACGAAAGUAAAUCAAAUGACUGCCUUUUGUAUGGAAAGCCAUCUUGGAUCCUUGAGAAGAAAUGGCAGAUCUUGUGCUGUUUGACUCCCCUUUAAUCACUCCCAUGGCCUCAUUCUCCUUGUCACUUUUUGUGAGAAAGCCUUAAUCUCCCUGGCUCCUUCGACUGGCCCCAAACUCCAUAUUACCAUCCUUUUGAACAAUGAUUGAUUGAUAUUCCUUUUGAACAAUGAUUGAUUUUCCUUUUGAACAAUGAUUGAUUUUCCUUUGAACAAUGAUUGAUUGAUAUUCCUUUUGAACAAUGAUUGAUUCAUAUUCCAUUUGAAAAAGUGACCAAUUUCGGCUUGCUUUUUUUAGAUUGGAAAAGGUGUUUUUAUAGAAGACGUAACGUUUAAAUUAUUUUUUUCUGAAUUGAGAAAAGGGUUCUGUGUUUAGUGUUUUUUUUUUUCUUAACUGCUAAAACAACCCAGCUUGUGAAUUAUGUUUCUUGUUGUUUUUAAAAAGUAUAUGCAAGAGCUUGACAUUUGAGAUGUUAUAGAUUAUGUAUUACAACAAUGAAAAGAAUUUCCCCCCAUUUGUGUUUAAGUUUCACACAUUAUGAAUAUCUUUGUAUAUAGUGAUAUUCUAUCGAAUCCUGGUGUAAUUUCAUGUUUAUCUGAGCUAUGCGCCGUUCAAGCAGGCAGAAAUACAGCUGGUAUGAUGCGUUUUGCAUCAGAUGCACAAAAGCAAUAUAACAUUUAGAAUGGGUGAAUCUUUCCUCUAAGGUAUCUUCAAUGUCAACAUGCCACUAAAAUCUUUUGCGUCCCUUACAGGGCAGCUAACAUGCAACGAUAUUUGUUCCCAAACAGUGAAAGACUAAUGCUUCGCUUUACAGAAUAUUACCUUAAACGGCAGUUGUACAAAUAAUUUAUUUGCAGAUGUACUAAUUCCUUACCUUUUCUGUGCUCACAUUUACAAUGUAGUUUUCAAAAGUCUCUGUUCAUAGGAAACAAAAAAGGAAAGGCAUGUAUCAUCUAUAGCUGUUAAAAUCCUUUAUCCUUCAUCUAUAGCUGUUAAAAUCCUUUAUCCUUCAUCUAUAGCUGUUAAAAUCCUUUAUCCUUCAUCUAUAGCUGUUAAACGUUUUAUUGCUGGCACUAUAAUUGAACAGGUAGUCGUGUGCAUGUCAUUAACCCAGCGCCCCAUUUGGUUUGCUCAUCAUGUUUAGGCUCUUACCUGAAAUGAUUGAAGGGAGGACAUUUUUUGUUCUACAUUGUAUGUCAUAUUUUCCUUAGAUUGUUUCCAAUUUACUUCCAGGUAAAAAACCAUCUGUGGAAGUCUUGAGAUGGGUAGGGAAUGAAGAACUGACAGUUUGGAGAAGCUGUCAUCCAAGUAUUGUAAUGAGUACUGUCCACAAGUGAAUCAACUGUUGUUGGGAGAAAAAUCUAUGCAGCUGUUUGAUUGCAAGAGCCCUCCAUCAAAUCUGCCCUCCAAUAUAUGUUCAGUAUGUGAUAACAUCAUGGGAAUGCAGGUUUAUACUUAAUUCAGAACUGUCUCCUUUUCCUUUCAAAUCAAUACUGUUUGGAUGAGUGGGGAACGUCAAAUGUGUGUUCAGACUCCCAGUGGUUGACCAUAGUUUUGUAAUACAUUUGUUUGUUUUGAGAAUUAUUAGCUAUAUCUAUCACCACAGUGGCCUAAUCCAGGGUUUCCCAAACUUCAUCCUGCCCCCCGGUGCACAUUUGUUUUUCUCUCUGGCACUACACAGAAGAUUCAAUAACCAACUCAAGCUUUGAAUCAGCUGUAUAGUGCUAGGGGGAAUAAAAACAUGCACCCAGGGGGGCCCCAGGACCGGGUUUGGGAAACCCUGGCCUAAUCUAGUUAGAGACUACAAAUGUUUGAUCUUUAGAAGUCGCUUUCUGUUUCGUCCAAUACAAAAAUAUGGGGUGUGUCAUUUUAAAAUGUUGUCAUGGUGUUUAUUUUAUUAGAACAAAUGUAAACUAGUGUUUUAAAAAAAACUAAAUUAUCAAUGCAACUUUCUGAGAUUGUACGUGUUCUAUUUUUCUGUGAUUUUAUUUACUACUUAUUUGGUUGUAAAAUUGCCAUCUUGUGGUUUGCUGUUUUGGCCUGAAGUUUAUUAAAACAAUUCAAAUAAUG